GGCAAUUUCAAAGUUUCUGUACUUUCUGUGACCCAUUACUGUGAUCACCUCAGGGAAAAAGGCUUUCAAGGAGGAGGCAUGAAUGGGACAGCCAUUGAAAAUUUCGUCUGUGUAAUUUACAAUGUUUCCUUCAUGAAUUGUACUUGGCAAGUAGGCACGACUGCUCCAGGAGAUACCCAAUAUUUUCUGUACUGGAAGAGCUCAAGGAAAGAAGAUUUCAUGGAAUGCCAAAAUUACGUCAAAGAUAAUUAUGGAAGACACACGGGAUGUAGAUUCCAAAAUGUGACCAUUGAAAAUAAGAUGGCUCAUUUCCUAGUAAACAAGUCUAGAAAUGGACAAAACAUUCAAUCCUAUAAGAAGAAGAUUGCUUUGUAUAAAAUUGAAAAGCUCACCCCUCCUUUAAAUGUCACUGUGAAUUGUAUCGGCAUUUUGCAUGGUUGUGAAAUUCAGUGGCGACCACCUCGCACAAGUCACGUUAAGAGAGAUGCUUGUUUCAAAUAUGAAAUCGUCAUAGAAAACACGGCUGAUCCUGAAGAAAACACCAAAGAUGCAUCUAAAACAAAAAGAAACAUCACAGGAAGAUUCUACAUAUUUCAGAACUUCAAUGCACAAAAGAGGUACAAAGUCCGAAUCAGAGCAACUGACAAUGGUUGUUUAGUGAGCACAAACUGGGGGGACUGGAGUACACCUGUUGAGUUUGGAAGAGAACAUCUUACGUCUGCUUCAGGAUAUUCGCUUGUUCUGCCAUUAGUGGUGACAGCAAGUCUCAUAUUUUUCCUCUGCACAGCAAGAACUUGUUUGAAAAUAAUAUCUGCUCCAGUACCACAGCCAAAAGACCCAUUCCAUGAGAGCUCUCCUAUGAAUUUCCAGAUAGAAUAUGAGAAUCAAUUAACAAAGCAUGAACCUGAAGAAAUAAUAACAACUAUUGAAGAAAUGGCAUAAUGGCAUGCAAGUGAAAUGAGCAGUUUGAAUUUUUCCACAUACUUAUAUAUCUUGUUAGUUUUCUUAUUUGCUGUGUCUUGUGGGCAGAGAUAACAGUGUUACCUGUAAACGUAGUUCCCCAAGAGCCUAUCUUUAAAAAUAACUUUGUAUUUGCUUGCAUUUUC